AUGACUGCGGCCUUUGAGAAUGGAGAUCUGGUCAAAGAGUUGCUAAUUGACAUUAAUGAAAACCUGAAGCCCGAGCCGAAUCCUGAUCGGUGCUGUAUUUUCAAGGUGCCUAAAAAGAUUCGUACUGUAAAAGAAGAACUCUACACUUUUGAGUUAAUUUCUAUUGGUCCUCUUCAUCAUGGCAAACCAGAAUUAGCUGAUAUGGAAAUGAAAAAGAAACAAUUUAUGAAAAGCUUUCUUCAACGAACAACAACAGAGAAAAUAGAUAAGAUUUUCAGCUACAUCAAGGACAAUGAAGAACAAAUUCAUGCUUGUUAUGCAGAAACAUCUACACUUCGGAGUCCUGAGUUUGUUUUGAUGAUUCUAUAUGAUUAUAAAAUUGAUGACUAUUGGGGCGAUUUUGUUACACCCGCUUCGUUCUCCCGCUGUGAAACGCUUCCUGUAAAAUCACUGGAUCCGAUUCAUUUGUCCGUCCGUCGCCGAGCUGAUGGCUUGAUAAAUGAUGUGGCCCAGCCUGACUUGGUCCCCAGUCGGAAUCGGGUUCAGUGGGAGAAAACCCAGGGCGCGUUGCCGUUGUCGUUGUUUGGAGAGGAAGAGAAGGACGAUGAAUCGAGUGAGCCGGGUUUAUUAUUUAAUGGUGCAACCGUGUUGAAAAAAACUGAGAAAAAGGUGGGAUCGGAGUUAAAUAUGAGCGAUCUGAUUUCGAAUUUAUAUGCUGGGAGCGAGCCGAGCAAGGUGGUAAGUGGUGCGGGUUUGAAUUUGGACUCAAAUGGAUUGGGUUUGAAGAGAAGUGCAUCAAAUUUGGAUUCAAACUGUUCGGGUUUAAAAUUGGAAAAUUGGGAUCCUUAUGGGUUGAAAUCGGAAUCAAAGGGGUUGGAUUUGAAGAGGAGUGUGUCGAAUUAUGAAAUAAACGGGUUGGAGGAUUGGCGUUCUUAUGGGUUGAAUCUGGAUUCAAAAGGGUCGGACUUGAAGGGAAGUGUAUCGAAUUUGGGUUUGAAUGGAAUGGAUUCGAAGAUUAAUUUGGAUUCAAAUGGGUUUAAUCCGGUUUUAGAUCAGGAUGAUGAUGGGUGGCCAUUCAAGGCUGCAGAGACUAAAUUACCAAAUGGAGAUUUUAAUUUUAACAGUCAACACGAGGUGAAACCUGAAAAUGUACCAAUGCCAAAUGUUGAUGGACUUAAUUCAAGUUGGAAUGUGUGGGGUUCAAACUUAAAUGGGUUAAGUUCAAGUGAUAAUGGAGUAAAUAAGGAUGCAAAUGGAUUAAGUUCAAGUCUAGUUGACUAG